GUGGAUGUUUGAUGGAUUGUGGUCAUUUCACCAUUAGCACUGAGAGAGACAAACAAACAAAAAAACAAACAUUCAAGCUUGAAGUUUCAUUCUCAACCUUGGAAAUCCUAGACUGAGAAGAUCUGACACUGAAAAAUGUCAUCGUGGUCAAACACAGACACCUCUGGUGCAUCAGUCCCGCUGACAGCACCUGAGAUCCAGGCAGGUCAAACUCUGUUUGGCAGCUCUUCUGGUUACUCCAUUCUGGAGUUUAUUGGUGAAGGCUGCUUUGGUAAAGUAGCCAAGUGCCAGAAUCUGGCAACAAACGAGAGAGUUGCUGUUAAGAUCCUCAAGAGUGACACCGAUUUUAUCCAGGACACUGAGAAAGAGGUGUCCAUGUUAGAAAUCAUCAGUGUCCUGAAUCCAGACCACAUUAACGUGGUGAAGUUCUUUGAGCGGUUUGAACACAUGGGACAGACCUGUCUAGCAUUUGAGAUGCUGGACAGGAAUCUCUAUGAGCUGCUCCAAGAACGAGACUGGAAACCACUGUCUCUGAAAGAGAUCCGACCGAUCUCAAAACAGCUGUUGGUGGCCUUAGAUGCCCUGAAGAGUCUCGGUAUCCUGCAUACAGAUAUCAAACCAGAAAACAUUUUGUUUGUCAACAAGCAGGCCCAGCCUAUGAGGGUAAAAUUAAUAGACUUUGGCGAAGCUAUUCCAGCCACCAAAGUCCAGCCCGGGAUGGACCUUCAGCCGGUCGGAUACAGGGCUCCAGAAAUUGCCCUAGGCCUGCCCUUCACAGAGGCUAUAGAUGUUUGGGGAGUUGGCUGCAUCCUGGCCUUCCUCUACCUUGCUGAAAACCUCUUCCCUGUCGACUGUGACUAUCAGAUGAUGAAGUGCAUGGUUGAGGUUCUGGGUCAGCCAGAGGACCACCUGCUCUGUGCUGGCAAAUAUACCCAGUACUUCUUCAGUGAGGAGGAGGCUGCUGAAGGUCCAACUUGGAGGCUUAUGACGCCUGAAGAAUAUACAGCUGCCAACAGCGUGAAACCAGAGGAGCGUAACAGCUUCAUUGACCUGCCCAGCUCUCUGGAUGACCUGGUGAAUAUCUAUCCUGAAUGGGAUGCUGCUGAAUUUGAGGACAGGAGGGCUUUUGUGGACCUCAUGAAACGGCUGAUGCAUCUUGACGGGGAUCAGAGAAUCUCUCCCCAUCAAGCUCUGGAGCACCCGUUCGUCACAAUGUCCCACCUGAUCGAGCACUCUGACAGCACAGCCUAUCUAACCGCCUCCCAAACAAUGAUGGAUGUCUGCCCAAUAGAGGACUCAGCAGACAGGGUUAACACCCCUGCAGCUUCCAAAACUGACAGAGAGUCAGCUGCUGGGUUCUGCGUCAGAGGUCUACUCUCUGCUUCCAGUGACAAUGCUCCUCCCACCAGGUCAUUUGAUGGAACCAAAGCCACUGUCUCCUAUGACGAUGGUCCCACCACAGGGUCAUCUGAUGGAGUUCCAGUCAAUUACUCCUAUGACGAAGAUCCAGCUGCCUGGUCUUCUGAAGGAGGACUACCUCCCUGCUCCUAUGAAUAUCCAGCUGCCUGGUCUUCUGAAGGAGGACUACCUCCCUGCUCCUAUGAAGAUCCAGCUGCCUGGUCUUUUGAUGGAGUACUGCUUCCCUACUCCUAUGAAUAUCCAGCUGCCUGGUCUUCUGAUGGAGUACCUCCUUGCUCCUAUGAAGAUCCAGCUGCCUGGUCUUCUGAUGGAGGACUACCUCCCUGCUUCUAUGAAAAUCCAGCUGCCUGGUCUUCUGAUGGAGUACUGCCUCCCUACUCCUAUGAAGAUCCAGCUGCCUUGUCUUAUGAUGGAGGACUGCCUCCUUGCUCCUAUGAAGAUCCUACUGCCUGGUCUUCUGAUGGAGGACUGCCUCCCUACUCCUAUGAAGAUCCGGCUGCCUUGUCUUAUGAUGGAGGACUGCCUCUUUGCUCCUAUAAAGAUCCUACUGCCUGGUCUUCUGAAGGAGGACUACCUCCCCACUCCUAUGAAGAUCUUGUUGCCUGGUCUUCUGAUGGAGGACUGCCUAUCUACUCCUAUGAAGAUCCAGCUGCCCGGUCUUUUAAUGAAGAACUUUCUCCCUGCUCCUAUGAAGAUCCAGCUGCCUGGUUUUCUGAUGGAGUACUGCCUCCCUACUCCUAUGAAUAUUCAGCUGCCUGGUUUUCUGAUGGAGUACCUCCUUGCUCCUAUGAAGAUCCAGCUGCCUGGUCUUCUGAUGGAGGACUACCUCCCUGCUUCUAUGAAAAUCCAGCUGCCUGGUCUUCUGAUGGAGUACUGCCUCCCUACUCCUAUGAAGAUCCAGCUGCCUUGUCUUAUGAUGGAGGACUGCCUCCUUGCUCCUAUGAAGAUCCUACUGCCUUGUCUUAUGAUGGAGUACUGCCUCCCUACUCCUAUGAAUAUCCAGCUGCCUGGUUUUCUGAAGGACUACCUCCUUGCUCCUAUGAAGAUCCAGCUGCCUGGUCUUCUGAUGGAGUACUGCCUCCCUACUCCUAUGAAGAUCCAGCUGCCUUGUCUUCUGAUGGAGGACUGCCUCCCUGCUCCUAUGAAGAUCCAGCUGUCUGGUUUUCUGAAGGAGGACUACCUCCUUGCUCCUAUAAAGAUCCUACUGAAUGGUCUUCUGAAGGAGGACUACCUCCCUGCUCCUAUGAAGAUCUUGUUGCCUGGUCUUCUGAUGGAGUACUGCCUCUCUACUCCUAUGAAGAUCCAGCUGCCCGGUCUUUUAAUGAAGAACUUUCUCCCUGCUCCUAUGAAGAUCCAGCUGCCUGGUUUUCUGAUGGAGUACUGCCUCCCUACUCCUAUGAAUAUUCAGCUGCCUGGUCUUCUGAUGGAGUACCUCCUUGCUCCUAUGAAGAUCCAGCUGCCUGGUCUUCUGAUGGAGGACUUUCUCCCUGCUUCUAUGAAAAUCCAGCUGCCUGGUCUUCUGAUGGAGUACUGCCUCCCUACUCCUAUGAAGAUCCAAUCCUACUGCCUGGUCUUCUGAUGGAGGACUGCCUCCCUACUCCUAUGAAGAUCCGGCUGCCUUGUCUUAUGAUGGAGGACUGCCUCUUUGCUCCUAUAAAGAUCCUACUGCCUGGUCUUCUGAAGGAGGACUACCUCCCCACUCCUAUGAAGAUCUUGUUGCCUGGUCUUCUGAUGGAGGACUGCCUAUCUACUCCUAUGAAGAUCCAGCUGCCUGGUCUUUUGAUGAAGGACUACCUGCCUGCUCCUAUGAAGAUCUAG